UAUAUAGCAACCCUGCCUUUGGGCUGGCCUGGCAACACCGCGCAAACGCCAUACUUCAAGGCAUUUUUCGGGCGAAGUUUCAUAAAUUUCCGCAUAAUUGUGAAAAACGCGAUGAAAAACAUGUAAAGCGUGACGAAAACAAGUAACCCAACUAUCCAGCCAAAUGGUGUCUCCACGUGCAAUAUUGGGGCAACGUAAAAUACAUUAAAACUGACGCCAAAAACGUUUUUCUGGGGAAAAGCGAUGUGAUUGGGAGAGAAACAAGAACAAAAAAAAUUAAGUGUGGUGGAAAUCAAGAUUUACGCAUUCUACUGUAUCAGCUGCGGCGCUGUCACGGUGUGGCGUGGUGUGGCGGGCGACGAUAAAGCAAUCAAAACAAAAAAUCCAAACUAUGAACUUCGCAUAGAAUUUGUCAGGAGCGCUCACACACGAAAUGGACAAGCGAUUCAAAUGGCCACUCAACCAGAAGGCCAACUACUCGGAUCCACCCUACCAUCAUACGUCGCGUGGCGGCGGUGGCGGCGGCGGUGGUGGUGGUGGUGGUGGCGGCGGUGAUAGAGACUAUUACUACCAGAAAAAACAUCCGCACUCGCAUGCCCACAAGAAUUACUCACGCCCGCAACAUGGCUAUAGCUAUCAGAAGCCCAAUACGGGUAGCAGCUACUACAAGCCCCCGCCACCGCCGUCAGCAGAACCAUCUCUGCCCAGGGUCGGAGGCGGCGCCAUGGCGCCGCCCGCCUCGGGCAACUCUUCGGGCUCGGAUGUGGUCACCCUCAUCGUGGAGAACAACAAUCUGAAGCGUAUGAUUAUGCUUCAUCUGAAUCUGAUGCAGGAGCAGACGGACAGCCUGGCGGCCAAGGAGAAGGAACUGGACGGUCAAACGGACAAGCUGAACGCCGUACUCUCGCAGAACCAAGACCUGAAGCUGGUCAAUGUCCACCUGGAGGCCACCAUCGAGGAGCUACGCAAGCAGCUAAGGAAAAAGAACAGGAGGGGGGGCCCCGACGACGACGACAACAAUGACGAUGACGAUCAUCAACUGCCACCUGCCAUGCAGGAGAAGAUUGUGUGCAAUGCGGAAACACAAACGGAGUUGGUAGCGCAUCAUCUGGCACAGCCGGAGCCGGCUUAUCCUUAUCUACACCAGGCUAAAAGGCAGCCCAGGCUGGUAAGAGAGGAGCCCCAACAUCCCCAUCUAAUGAUUCAAAAACAGCAGGAGCAGGCCCCUCUAAUGAGUGUGGAGCAGCAGCAGCCCCCUCUUCGGAGGCAGGAGCUGCAGCAGCCCACUCAAACGAUUGAGGAGCCACAGCCCCGUCUUGUGAGGCAGGAGCCGCAGCCGCGUCUUAUGAGAGAGGAGCCACAGACCAGGAUGGUGAGGGAAGAACUGCAAACUAGACUUGUAAAGGACAUUCAGCAGCAGCAGUCUAGACUUGCAAGAGAGCAGCAGCAGCCCAGACUUAUAAGAGAGGAACAGCAACAGCAACUGCAGCCCACUCUUAUAAGAGAGGAAAAGCAGCAGCAACAGCAGCAACAGCAGCCCACACUUAUCAGAGAGGAGGAGCAGCAGCAGCAGCCUUGGCCUGUGAGGGAGGAACAGCAGCAGCAGCCCAAGCCUAUAAGGGAACAGCAGCAGCAGGAGCAUCAGCAGGCGGAGGAAAAUCAACCGCCACAGCAUCGUCAGCAGCAGCAGGCGGAGGAAAAUCAACCGCCACAGCAUCGUCAGCAGCAGCAUCAUCAUCUCCAUCAGUCUCCGCACAAAAGCUCUUCCAAAGCGACUCUUGUUACCUCCGUCACGAAUCUGCCGCCGACAAUCAGCACUCCGCCCGUGGAGAGCAAAGCGAGAGGGGAAUACAAUGGCAAGAAGGUUAGCACCAUGUUUCUUCAUCGGGUUAACCAGGACUCCAGCCUCACAUCCUCAGCCCAGCAUCACAUCCCAUCACAUAGCCAGCCGGAGAAGGAGAAGCAGCCGGAAGUGGAAAAGCAGGUGAUCGAAACAAAGGAGGAGGAGCUGCAGAAGGUUAUGGAAACCGAGGAGCUGGCAGAACUGCCGCAGUCCAUCGAAAGGGAGCAGGUGUUGGAACAGCAAGUGGAGACCCAACCCCAGGUGAUGGAAACGGAGGUGGUGGAGCAGCAGCAGGUCAUCGAAACGGAGACGGUGGAACAGCAGCAGGACAUCGAAACGGAGGAGGUUGCAAUGGAUCAGAUGAACCAAAUGGAGGAGGUGGUUAUUGCUGAAGAAAACACCAUUUUCCAUUAUGCCCUACAGCCGGAUGGAAUGAUACUUCUUGAAGCCGAGGAGGAAAUGGGCGUGGAAACCGUAGAGGAGAUUGUACAGACCACAGUGUAUAAUGGCCAUAUCGAGGAUCGACAAUGCUUCGAAAACGAACAGGAGGAGGAUGAUGAUGAUGGUGAUGACGACGAUGAUGAUGAUGAUGAAGAGAGCGACGAUGAGAGCGAAAGCGGAAGUGAAGAUGAGGACGUGGACGAGGAAAGCGAGGACAAUGAUGAGGGGGAGCGGGAGCAUAUCCAGCCUCCACCCUCAAAAACUGAUGUUAACAAUUUAGAUGCCUUGCGCCCAAAUGAAGGCGACGACAGUUGUUGGCAGACAGUCCCUCCGAUGUCACAUGCCAAUCAUCAGAUACACGCCAUGGAAAGUCCGGAGCAUAAGAGCAUGGCGCCAUCAGCCCAUUCAACACCCAAUCACCAGCACAUUACGCAGCGUUACCCACAAAAGGAGCCAUCAGAAACGCGUCAGCUUCUUGAAGUGGAGGAGGACAGCCAGCAGCCGAAACUUGUCAUCGCAGAGCCCUUGGAAAUGGAUGCUGGGGAAAUGGAAGUGCAGACUGUCGAAGUAGAGACUCUCGAAGUGGAGACACUGGAGACAGGUGUGGGUGUGGAAUUGGGAGUGGGCAUGGGCAUAGAGACGGUGGAAGUACAGACUGUGGAAGUUCACACGGAGGAGACCGUUGUAGAGCAAGCCGGCAUGGAAAUUGAAAUCAAAACAGAGGAGGUCACAACCACGACAAUCAGCAAGCAUGUCCUGCCCAAAACAUCUGCUAGCAAUCCUCAGGCUCCCGCUCCUGUUGCUACUCCUGUUCCUGCUCUGCCCAAGGCUAACCGCUCCGCUGUCGUGGAACCUAAACACAAGACCAAUUCUGCUAUCGUUGAAGUUCCAACUAAGGAAGAGUCUGUUAUAGUACCAGCUCCAGUCAAGGAAGAAUCUGUUUUAGCAGAAGCUGCUGUGCCUACGGAAAAGUCUACUGUUUUAGCAGAAGCUGCUGUGCCUACGGAAAAGUCUACUGUUGAAGCCGCAGAUGCACCCAAGGAACUGUCUGUUGUUGAAGCGACUUCAUCCAUGGAAAAAUCCACUAUUGAAGAAACGACUGUACCGAAGGAAAAACCCACUGUUUUAGCCACUUCAUCAAACGAAAAGUCCACUGCUGAGGAAACGUCUGCUCCCAAGGAAAAGUCUACUAUUGAAGCGACUGUACCCACGGUAAAGUCCGUUUCUGUAGGAGCUGAACCCAAGGAUAAGUCCGCUGUUGUAUCGGCUCUAUCAAAGGAAAAGUCUGUUGUUGUAGAAGCUCCACCGAAAGCAAAUUGCAGUGUCGAAGUAUCUUCGAGCAAGGAAAAGCCCACUGUCGUGGUGGCCCCGCUCAAGGAAAAGUCGGUUGUUGUAGAAGCUCCUCCAACCAAGGCAAACUCCGCUGUUGUAGCAUCUCCAACAAAGGCGAACUCCACGGUCGCAGCAGUUCCACCCAAGGAAAAGCCAGCUGUGGUAGACGCUCUUUCAACAAAACCAAAUUCUUCUUUGGUUGAAAAAGACACCAAGGUAAACCGUUCUAAAUCUAAGGAAGAGUCAUCCGAUAAGAAGGUGGACAGGGCAACAAAGGAGGCGACGGGGACUAAACUGAUUCUCAAAGUGCCGGCGGGUCAUUCAUCUCGUGUUGGAGGCCAUGCCAAGGCAAACUCCACUGCGGUGACGGCUUUUCACAAGGAGAAGUCCACUAUUGUGGCGGCGGGAACCCUCUGUCUGCCUACGACAAAGACCCAGGCUGCUGUUGCAGAGACUCAAACCAAGGAGAAGUCUUCUGUAGCAGCUGUACCAAAGGAAAAUUCCGUUUUGGCAGGAGCUUUACCCAAGGAAAAAUCCCUGGUCGAAACUCUGCAGAAGGAAAAAUCCGUUGAGAAGACUAAGCACAAGGGAAACGCUGCAGCUCCCGCACCAGUGGCUGGUCUUCUCAAGGCCAAGGCCUCUGAACCGGAGAAACCGGAGGCAGCGAAAAUAGAAGUAGCAGCAGAAGAGGAUCUUCCCGCUCGAUUUGAAGCUCUAAAUAGUGUAAAAUCUGCUGCCGUGGUCCAACCAGAGUUCAAAAAGAAAAAGAAGAAACGGAGUAAGAGCAAGAGCAAGAGCAAGAGUCCCUCAAAGAGCGAAUCAAUACAGCACGAUAAGAAGAUGCCACACGUGGCCAAUCAUCAGUCAUUGCCCAAGAAACGCCCCCACAACCUCAUACAAGACAUAGAAGGAGACAAGGCAGAGCUCUCUGAAGCGGGGGCACCGCCAAUGAAGAAACAAAAACGUCUGCAGGUGAAGCUCAAGCAGCAUGGACUCUCCAAUGACAGGAAAUUCCAUGAUUCCUCCUUCCUGAAGAACAACAACAAAUUGGACAAGGAGAAGGAGGUGGCCCGUUUGGAGGAGGAAAUGCGUCGCAAACUUCAGGAGCAUCUGAAAAAGGAGCAGAGGCGACUGAGUCAACAGCCGGUGGUGCUGCUCAAGAAACCCCCCAAGGAUAACAGCUCCAACACAAGUUUGAUCUAUCCCCCGAUAGCGCAUGCAUCAACUUCAAUGUCACCCACACCACCCUCAUCACCAUUAUCACCAGCGUCUGAAACGACGCCACCAGGAACGCCGUCAACGACGCCACCGCCCUCGACCGCAAAUCUGAUAGUAGACACCUCCGAAGAGACGGAAACAAAGGCAGACGAUAAAUCGAUGAUAGUAAUUGCGGCACCCCUGACACCCCAGUCGAUGAGCAGCAACAGCAGCAGCAGCACAACUUCUAGCACCGGCGCCAGCGCAUCCCGAACGAUCGUCCAAAACUAUGCUCACAAAUCCACAUCCAGAUAUCGCACUGUCCUGUUUCCGUAUACGACACGCUCUUGGGAGGAUCAGGAGUUCCAUCGCGAUAACGAGUUCUUCGAUGAGGAAGCCGACGAACUGCUGUCGGAUCAUCCGAGCUUGGAGAUACCCAAAUGGCGGGAUACACCCAUACCGCCCAGCACCGACAACAAGGACAUUGAGAGCCUGACGGAUGAAGAUUUUGUGAAGCGUCACGAAAAGUAUGUAAAGGACGAGAUCGAAAGGAAGCGCCGCGAUGCCCGCUACAUGAGGGAGCAGAUGAGGAGCGAGGCUCUGCGGCAGCGCCACAAUCAGGAUGAGGUGUUGGUCAAACUCGAUCCCCUGCCCACGUCCACCUUCUACCCCCUGCCCGAGGACAUUGAAGGCGUACAAAUUGUCACGGAAAUACCUGUGCAGGCGUUCGGUGAAAAUGUGGUCAACAUGGAGGCGAGAUCUGAUUUCAGCCUGCCCUGGCUGGACUCGGUGAAAGCACUGACAGCCAUUGCCCGGGCGAAGGCUGAGGCAGUGCCGGUGGCCACGUUAGCUAGCAAAAAGAUACCUCUCACCGCAGCCGAAUCCAGGCAUCAGGAGAUGAACUCUUCGUAUGUGUUCCUCAAGCGGCGCAAGCGGCAAAGAAAGCGUUAGCUGGGCAGAGGACUCUUCGUGAGCUGAGAAGUAGCAGUGGCGUGCCAAAGGUGGAUAAUGGUGGCUUCAUUAACCAAUGACGUUGCCUAUGUAAUACACAUUAAUUAUUAUUCCUUAAUUUUUUUUUGCGCUAUUUUUAAAUCUUAUUUAGGUUAUUGAAAUAUUAAGGAAAAACAUUAGUUUUUAGGUUCUGGCCCUGCAAUCUAUGCCUCAAGGAAUUCUAAAGAGUUUCCACGCUAGAUUGUGUCUGCCCUCACGACGUAAUCCUAUAUAAUAUUUUAAUGAUAGAUGAUUAAUCCCAUAAACAGUCGCUUAGUUUGAUCGGGUUCCAACAUCUCAGCUUUAUCAACAUUUCGCAAGUGAUAAACCCACAGAAAGGACAUGCUCUGGUCUCUAAUUUUGGCAUAAAAACAAAAUGAAAUUUUUAGACUUUUUAAAUUUAAAAACCAAUUUUUUUUCUUAGAUCGUAAUCGCAACAAUUUUAUCCCUGUAUUUAUAUGUUUUAUUGUGUGUGCGUCUGAGUGUUGAUAAGAGCUUUUUUAUACAUUCAGGUAUAUCUCUGAUUACUAUCUUGAUUAUUAUUGUAAAUGUCUAAUUUUGGCAUAAAAACAAAAUGACAUUUAUAGACUUUAAAUUUUUAAACCAAUUUUUUUUUCAUAGAUCAUAAUUGUAACAAUUUUUUCCCUUUAUUUAUAUGUUUUAUUGUGUGUGCGUCUGUGUGCUCAGGUAUAUGUCUGAUUAUUAUCUUUGACUUUUAUUGUAAAUUUAUACGCCCCCCACUCCCCUCUUUUUUUUUACUUUUUUUUUUUGAGCGUGUGUAAAAAUUGUGUUAAGCUUAAAGUUAUCUUUAACGUAUUGUUUUUUUACUUUAUUAACUUCUUUUUAGUUAAAACAAAAAAAAAACACCUUAAUAUAUACAAAAAUAAAUAAAACUUGAUUUUCAAGCUGUAAAAAACAUGUUUAAGCAACAACAAGUAGCGUCGCAGUCCCCACCAUAUAUACCAUUUGUUCAAGACGUCUUCUGUUUGAUGAGUUUACCAUUUGGCAACGAGAUAAGAAAGGAAGAGGAGCAUCAAUAAUCAUGCCUACAGCUUGUGCAAAGCAGAUCCCGCAGCGGCACUGCACUUUUGUACAUUUCAGUAGGUGUUAAGCGAGAAAGGAGAGAUAUUUGUAAUUAUAGCGUUAAGUAGAUGCCAGAUCAAUGGAUAUAUAUUUAGAAUUAGAUAGUCGCCAGGGGGAGGAACAAAUUGUAUAUUGGCAGGAAGAACGAACUUUGUUCAAACAUAUUUUUACACGAAUACGAUCCAAAAUGUAAUUAGCGUUAAUUAGUUCAAUUCAACUGAAAAUCGAUUGGAAAUAUGUAAUUGCCACGUCUCUAGAGAACCCAAAACUAACGAAACACCUAAAUCUAAGCAAUAUGUACUACAUACGAUGUAUUUGUAUUUGUUUAACAAGUUUUAUUGUAAAGAUUAUGAUGAUAAUAAUAUAUCGGAUAAAAGUAAUAUUUAAA